AUGAUCGAUAUCAAAAGCUCGCCCGAUUAUCUGAAUCGGUCCUCCGGUGGAUCAUUCGGUAACAUUUCAAUGUUAUUUGCUGACUCCUCGUACAAGUCGUCAUGGGGCUCCCACAGUUCAUCGCAGAGUCAAGAUCCAUAUCAGAUGUUCGGUCCGACGAGCAGUAGAUUAGCGAGCUCCGGCUCGGGACAGAUCCAGCUGUGGCAGUUUCUGCUCGAGCUGCUCAGCGACUCCGCCAACGCCGCCUGCAUCACCUGGGAGGGCACGAACGGCGAGUUCAAGCUCACCGACCCGGACGAGGUGGCCCGGCGCUGGGGCGAGCGGAAAUCGAAACCGAACAUGAACUACGACAAGCUGAGCCGGGCACUAAGAUAUUACUACGAUAAGAACAUUAUGACGAAGGUGCACGGCAAGCGGUACGCCUACAAGUUCGACUUCCAGGGCCUGGCGGCCGCCACGCAGCCCCAGACGGACCCAACCUACAAGUACCAGAGCGACCUGUUCAUGUCCCCGUACCACCACGGGGCCAAGCUGAGCUCCUUCAUGAGUCCCCACCACAGCAUGACGACAUCCUCCGCCUCCAUCUUCCCGUCGGCCGCGUCGUGGGGCAACUGGGGCAGCCCGGCGACGAACCUCUACCCGUCGCACACGAUGAGCCACGUGACGCCGUCGCACGUCGCUCCCCAUCUGGGCUCGUACCCGCACUACGCAUGA